AUGGAGAAUGGUGAAUUGAAACAAGAAUUGGGGUUUCUACAACAUGAGUUUCAACAUCGGAUAAAUAAUAUUGAUAAAUUGGGAGAAUUUUUAGAAAAAGAGCAUAUUGAAGAUAAGGAAUCAGCACCAAUAAUAAAAGAAUUUGCACCACCUGAGAAUUUUGCACCUGUUGUUGGUAAAAUUUAUAGAUCUUCAUUUCCUAGAGUGGAGAAUUUUGAAUUUUUAUCAAAUUUAAAAUUAAAAUCAAUACUAGUUUUAGUUCCUGAUGAAUAUCCUGAAGAAAAUUUAAAUUUUUUAUCAAAACAAGGUAUAACUUUUUUCCAAGUUGGUAUGAGUGGUAAUAAAGAACCAUUUGUUAAUGUUCCACAUGAUAUUAUUACACAAGCUUUAAAAAUUGCAAUAAAUCCGGAAAACCAUCCAUUACUAAUACAUUGUAAUAGGGGGAAACAUAGGACAGGAUGUCUAGUUGGAUGUAUAAGAAGAUUACAAGGAUGGAGUUUAACAAUGAUUUUGGAUGAAUAUAGAAGAUUUGCUGCACCUAAGGCUAGACCUUUAGAUCAACAAUUUAUUGAAAUGUAUGGUGAGAAAGAAAUAACAGAGAUUGCAACAAAGAAUGGAUGGUUACCUUUGAAAUGGUGA